AUGGCUGUCUACAAGGUGAAGGUGGCAACUGGUGACGUCCUCGAAGCGAGGACCACCAACUGCAUCUCCAUCACCUUGGUGGGCACCCGUGGUGAGAGCCGGAAGACAACCGUCAGCUGCUUGCUCCUGCCAGGGACAGUGAAGGAGUUGACCGUGUCCACCCAGCAGGACUUGGGUCCCGUUAUCCUCAUCCGCCUGCACAAGUCACGGCUUUUCUUGGAGGAUGCCUGGUUCUGCAAGGACGUCCAUGUGACGGCCCACGACGGCACCCUCUACCGCUUCCCCUGCUACCAGUGGCUGGAUGGGAACACCACGGUGGAGUUCCGGGAGGGCACAGCAAAGAAGCUGGCAGAUGAUACGCUGGAGAUCCUCAAGGAGCAACGUCGGCGGGAGCUGAAGGCACGGCAGGAGGCUUUUGAGUGGAAGACAUACGCUGAGGGCUGGCCCCGUUGCCUCAACGUGGACUCCAUCUUUGCACUGGACUCCAACGUUCAAUUCUCCUGUGUAAGGGCCACCGACUUCACUGGUGUCCUCAUCUUCCAAGGGGCCAGCCAGCUUCUGUCAGGGUUCCUGCUCAGAACCAGCUCCUGGAGUAGCCUGGAUGAGAUGCGCACCAUCUUCUCUCUGUCUUCCCCACCAGUACCUGAAUACGUGGCCAAGCACUGGAAAGAAGAUGACUUCUUCGGUUACCAGUUCCUCAAUGGCAACAACCCCAUCGUUAUCCGACAAUGCACGGAGCUGCCGGACAAAUUCCCCGUGACAACAGACAUGUCUUUGGGUGUUGGCACCAACCUGGACAACGAGAUGCGAGAGGGUCGGAUCUUCAUCGUGGACUAUGAGGUGCUGGAUGACAUUCCAGCAGGAACCAUCCACGGGCGCCAGCAGUACAUAGCGGCCCCAAUCUGCCUGCUGCACCAGGGCACUGAUGGGCUCCUGCGCCCCAUCGCCAUCCAGCUCAGCCAAACGCCAGGGCCCAGCAGCCCCAUCUUCUUACCGAGCGAUGCCGAGUGGGACUGGCUGCUGGCCAAGACCUGGGUGCGCAACGCUGACUUCUACAGCCACCAGCUCCUCACGCACCUCUUGAGGACCCACCUCUUCGGGGAGAUCUUUGCUGUUGCCACCCUACGCCAACUGCCCAGCUGUCACCCCAUCUUCAAGCUCCUCUUACCCCACUACCGCUACACAUUGCACAUCAACACGUUGGCCCGGACUGUCCUCAUCAACCCUGGUGGCGUCAUUGACAAGGGUUCAGGGGCAAGCUACGAGGGGCUGCAGCUGAUCGUCCAGCGGGGCCUAGAGAAGGUCACCUACACCUCGCUGUGCCUCCCUGAUGACAUCGAGGACCGUGGCAUGGCCUACAUCCCCAACUACCACUACCGGGACGAUGGGUUCAGCCUCUGGCAAGCCGUCGAUAGCUUUGUCUCUGGUAUUGUGGAUUUCUACUACGCGGACGAUGCCGCCGUGAGAGAGGACACUGAGCUGCAGGCAUGGGUGAUGGACAUCUUCACCAACGGCUUCUUGGGCAAGGCCUCCUCAGGUAUACCCUCCUCACUGCGGAGAGUGGCAGAGCUCAAGAAGUUCGUCACCAUGGUGAUGUUCACCUGCUCGGUGCAGCACGCAUCUGUCAACAACGGGCAGUAUGACCUGGGUGCUUUCGUCGCGAAUGCCCCGUCCUCCAUGCGUCACUCGCCCCCAAGAGAGAAGGGCAAGGGCUCCCUCCAGGAUUUCCUUGACACCGUCCCUGAGAUAGACACCACGGCCAACAUCGUGGUGGUGAUCACCCUCCUCAGCUCCCGCCUCAAGGACGUGAGGUUCCUGGGACACUACCCAGAGGACAGGUUCACGGAGCAGCACCCCCGGCAGCUCAUGAGGGACUUCAGAAAGCGACUGGACGAGAUCCGGGAGGGCAUCGAGGAGAGGAACCACCG